ACAAGUUCUCCUUAAACUGCACAAAAUUGUCAGUCCAGAAGUCAUUCAUUUCUGGUAUUAGUAACUUCAAGAGGGAGAAAAAUACUUUUUUUUUAAAGAAAUUUCUGAAGCAGAAUAAUGGAUGUCUGGCAGUACAAGCCAUCGAAGAUCAGCAUCAGACGCAUCUGGUCAGCUACUCUCAUUCUGGGCUCUAUGCUCUGCCGCUUUGGAGUUUUGCGCAUCGAAAAAUUGGAAUUCAACAGCAAGGAAGUGCUCAGCGGUGGACAGUUGUGGCGAUGUGUCACCGCGCUGUUUGUGUACCCCAUCAACAGACUGUUCCUCGUCAACAUUGGCCUUUUGCAUUAUUACAGCGGCAUAAUGGAGAGAUAUUGCUACAGACACAGACCAGCCGAAUAUCUGUAUCUACUAAUCAUUACAGCCAUUUUCACAAAUGUCGCUGGGUUGCUGUUUCGUGUCAAGUACCUAACGGACAUAAUGAUUGUAUCCAUUGGCUUAAUCUCGAAUAUUGUGCGCAAGAAAUCGACUUGGGGUCUGUGGAUUACAUUUCUAUAUUCCCGAGACAAUUUAAUUGCUUAUGUCAUUGCCCAUGUCUACUAUUUUCUCAAAUAUCAAUACCCUGUAGAGCUUGGCGGAAUGGAAUUGCUGAAAACACCUCAAAUCCUGGAACGUUUGCUCCACUACAAAAGCAGUCCAAUAGGCUUAUAUGAAUUUGGCGUUCCCCCGAAUGUUCCAUCACCAUUUCCCCAUCGCCGCCACCAGCAUCGUAUCCAUCGCCGCCACCACCAUCGUAUCCAUCCCCGCCACCAACUUCGUAUUCAUCACCACCGUAUUCUUGUUCCCAAUGAUUGUAUGCAUUUAUGGCCAUUAUUCAUUGUAACUUCAUUACAGUUGGUAUUUUCGUGAUACACGGUCACACUUCAUACUCGCGAUAUUUGGCAUACACCAUGAAAUAUUUCGUAAUAUCGAUGUAUGCAACUAUUGAUGUUAUUUUAAAAAUACAUGUAUUCUGGGAAUA